AUGAAGUUCUUCCUCACAGCCCUGCUCGUGGCUCCCACUGUCAUAUACCUCACCACCACCAGCAGUGCUGCCCCAGCCCACGGUUCCACUGAAGUCAACAACAUCGCUUUUCAUGCCGCCUUCACCGCAGAAGUCCAGAAUGAUUCAAUGACCUCUAUGUCUCCGACUAAAUGGGCUUGGGUAGUCCUGUGCCUGACCGAUGACCUACAAGUGGUACCUCCAACACUGAAAAGAGACCAGGGCACUGGUCCGGCGGCUGAAGACAAUGCCAGAGUCGACAAACCAUUGCAGCCUCGCAACGAGACGCAGGAAGACUCCAUGAACUACUACAACCUGUACACUUCCAAUUGUCGCAGCAUAUGCUCAUGUGAGGACAACGGCGAUUUGUCUUGCACCUCAUACGGCAAUUGUACUGCUGGUGAUGUUAACGUGAACUGUGUCGACCGCGGCCACUGUCAAUGUGCGUUCAGAGAAGUUAUGUCGGGCAAUACGGCGCGACUUCUCAAUGGUGCUGCCAUCAAUGGAGGAUCCCAAUAUGCAGGAACCAACUGGAAGCGAGGCGUGGACAAUCAGCUCGACACUGAGUGA